AUACCAAAUUUUGAUUCCGCGUAAAUAAUUAUUCUACGGUGUAAACUUGAGCACUAAUUAAAUUUGAAAAAUUGAGAACAAGACUGAAAAAAAAAAUUAUACACCAAAUGAAAGUGUAUGAUUUUAAAUCGAUAUUAUAUAGACUGAAAUAUCAGCUUGAAAUAGAACCAUAAUGUUAGGUAUAAUAUCCACUGGGAGACUCUUGGUCAGACCAAGAAUAGUGCCUACUAUACAAUCCAUAACAAGAUCAUUUAAAACUUUAAGAACUGAAUUACCAACUGUUUAUAAUCCAUUACCAAAGAAAAGAAAUGGAGCACCAGUGUUACCAUUUUUACAAAGUCAAUUAUUGGAUAAAUAUGAUCCAUCUGGUAAAAGACGUGAAUUACAAAACACCUUAAGAGCAGGAGAUAUCAUAAAAGUAACAUAUCUUGAUAGAACAGAUGUAGUGGGAAGAAUUAUUGCCAUUAAAAGGGGUAAUUUCAACGUUGGUACCAAUAUAUUAAUCAGAAAUAAGAUCAAUAAAGUCGGUUGUGAAGUUCGUGUUCCAUUAUACAGUCCAAAACUUCGUAAUGUUGAAGUGUUACAUAAACCUAAAACAUACUUACCAAGAGGUAAACAAUAUUAUAUCAGAAACACCAGAUUGGAUGUUGAUGAUGUUGAAGCCUUUGUCAAACGUCAUGAAGUUAAGGUUACUAAAGCUUUGAAGAGAAGAGCUGAUGUUAAAGCUGAAAAGAAGGCUUCUAGAGCAGCAAAGAGAGCAGCAUUAGAAGCUAAAAAGGAAAAUUAGAUUAAUUGCAUUCACUUAAUUACAAUCCCAUCAUCAUGUACAUAACUUUCGUAAUAUUAUAAAUAUACACACCUAUAAAUAGGAC